CUGGCCUGAGCCGAUUCAAGAUGGCUGCCUGAUAGACGGACGCGAUUUCCUCUUGAAAUUUCCCGUCUUCUUUAAACCAUGUCUCAAUACAGUGUCUGCUACAAGCAAGAGCAAGCUCAUGAGGACAGUAUCUGGACAGUUGCAUGGGGAACUAGUGAUAAAGAUGGAAUAGAGAAUAUUAUAAGUGGUGCUGUUGAUGAUAUGGUAAAAUGCUGGAGAUGGAAUGAAGAAAAGCUGGAACCUAGAUUUAAUUUUGAAGGUCAUCAACUUGGUGUGGUGUCAGUGGAUAUUAAUUUAACUGGGACAAUUGCUGCAUCAAGUUCAUUAGACAGUCAUAUCAGAAUAUGGGAUUUAGAAUCUGGGAAACAACUGAAAGCCAUUGAUUGUGGUCCAGUGGACACAUGGACAGUGGCAUUUUCUCCAGACUCUAAACUUAUAGCAACUGGUAGCCAUGCUGGAAAAAUAAACUUGAUAGGUGUGGAAAGUGGUAAAAAAGAAAGUGCCCUGGAUACAAGAGGAAAAUUCACCAUGAGCAUAGCUUAUAGUCCUGAUGGUCACUACAUAGCUUGUGGAGCCAUUGAUGGAAUAAUCAAUAUUUUCGACCUAACAACUGGAAAAUUACUUCACACUCUAGAAGGUCAUGCCAUGCCCAUCAGAUCUUUGACAUUUUCACCUGACUCCCAGCUGUUGAUCACAGCUUCAGAUGACAAUCAUAUCAAGAUGUAUGAUGUACAACAUGCUAAUUUAGCCGGGACUCUGUCAGGACAUGGCUCAUGGGUUCUUGGCGUUUCAUUUUGUCCAGACAACACACACUUUGUCUCGAGUUCCAGUGACAAGACAGUAAAAGUUUGGGAUGCAGGCUCAAGGCAGUGUAUUCAGACAUUUUAUGAACACAAUGACCAGGUUUGGGGAGUGAAGUAUAACGCCACAGGCUCCAAGAUUGUCUCCGUCUCUGACGACAAGUCCAUUAUUGUUUAUAACUGCCCUCUGUGACCUUUUAAUUAAUUUUGUUUUCUCUUGUAAUAUGUAGUGAGAUAAAUUCGGUUUUAUUUCUUUGGA